GCAGCAGCCGCAGCCACAGCACUUGCACAGCCCUGAUCACAGUUUGUUUACAGGCAAUUGCUUACUUAGCAAAUUCUGUUGCUGUGAUGGGUAGGAGCCAGUGAAGAUACAUCCUGUGCCGUGUGUGUGUGUGCAUGUGUGUGCCUGUACGUGCUCUGGGACUUUGGAGCUCUAGUGCAGCAGCAGCUAGAAGCCAGAAGCAACACUCUGAGAAAACCCAGGAAUGCACAGCCCCUCUUCCUGCUAGCGACUGGGGAAGACACCAUGAACGCGAGAGCCUCUAUCCACAGAGAUCACUCGGGUCCCCCAGCUGUGCCUGCCAUGCAGGGAGGAUUAAGCGCUGAAUAAGUGAUGCAGUAGUAGUAGGGAGCGCUCCCGGUGGUUCUUUAAGCUCAGAUGGAUUGAAUAGUAGGAAGCUGCUGCUUUGUAAUAAUAAUAAAAAAGAAAAGAUGAAAUGCUUUUCCCGUUACCUGCCUUACAUCUUCAGACCUCCGAGCACCAUCCUGUCCUCCAGCUGCCACACAGAAGACCCAAUAUGAAGAUGGCACACAGACAAGCUGACAUAAUCUCCACUGUCGAAUUUGACCACACAGGAGAGUUGCUCGCGACAGGGGACAAGGGAGGGCGCGUGGUAAUAUUCCAGCGAGAGCAGGAGAGUAAAAACCAGCCUCACAGAAGAGGGGAGUACAAUGUCUACAGUACCUUUCAGAGCCAUGAGCCAGAGUUCGAUUACCUGAAGAGCUUGGAGAUCGAAGAGAAGAUCAACAAAAUCAGGUGGCUUCCUCAGCAGAAUGCUGCAUACUUCCUGCUGUCCACAAACGAUAAAACAGUCAAACUCUGGAAGAUAAGUGAAAGAGAUAAAAGACCAGAAGGUUAUAAUCUCAAGGAUGACGAUGGCAGAAUUCGAGAUCCUUCCACAAUCACAACGCUACGGGUACCUGUACUGCAGCCCAUGGACCUCAUGGUUGAAGCCACACCCAGGAGGGUAUUUGCCAAUGCACACACAUAUCACAUCAACUCCAUAUCCGUCAACAGCGACUACGAGACCUACAUGUCUGCGGAUGACUUGAGGAUCAAUCUGUGGAAUCUGGAAAUAACCAACAGGAGCUUUAAUAUUGUCGAUAUAAAGCCUGCCAACAUGGAGGAGCUGACAGAGGUGAUCACGGCCGCAGAGUUCCACCCCAGCCAGUGCAACGCCUUCGUCUACAGCAGCAGCAAGGGCACCAUCCGGCUGUGUGACAUGAGAGCAUUGGCGCUGUGCGACAAGCACUCCAAAUUCUUUGAAGAGCCAGAGGACCCCAGUAAUAGAUCCUUUUUCUCUGAAAUAAUCUCAUCGAUUUCGGAUGUCAAAUUCAGUCACAGCGGGAGGUACAUGAUGACACGGGAUUACCUCACAGUCAAGGUGUGGGACCUAAACAUGGAGAACAGACCCAUAGAGACAUACCAGGUGCAUGAUUAUCUAAGGAGCAAGCUGUGUUCACUCUAUGAAAACGACUGCAUAUUUGAUAAAUUCGAAUGUGUCUGGAAUGGAUCUGACAGCGUUAUAAUGACCGGCUCCUAUAACAAUUUCUUCCGAAUGUUUGAUCGCAAUACCAAACGUGACGUGACUCUGGAGGCUUCGAGAGAGAACAGCAAGCCGAGAGCCAUCCUGAAACCUCGCAAAGUGUGCAUGGGAGGGAAGAGAAGGAAGGACGAGAUCAGUGUGGACAGCCUGGACUUCAGCAAGAAGAUCCUGCACACCGCGUGGCACCCUUCAGAGAACAUUAUAGCUGUAGCCGCCACUAACAACCUAUAUAUAUUCCAGGACAAAGUGAACUAGGAUUCUUCUGUAUUCCAUCACCACCAACUCUAGUGGCUAAUUAGUAAAUAUUGGAUCUUUUUUUUUUUUUUUUUUUUUUUUUUUUUUAAAUCUUGUCACUUUUUUUUGCUUUAUAGUCAGUUAAUAAAACAUUGGGUGUGAUCAUUGUAAUACAGGGGGACUUGUGUUUUAAAUAAAUAAAUAAAAACAACCCCAGUGCCACAAAUCCAACACUCCUGUUUUGAUGAUAAGAGGUGCUGCUGGUCUGUUGAUAAAAAACUGAUUUUUUUUUUUCUCUUCACAGCCACCCCUGUUUAUUUUCACACACCUGGUAAAUGUUUUUAUUUUUUGUGUGUUUUCCAAUUUGCUGCAGAAGGAAACUUUUAAGUGUUAUGUUUGAAACCUAAGAAUUGCAAAAAUGGUCUAUUCUUUACUGGUUGUGUUUUUAAAAAAAAAAAUUUAUGUGUGUUCUGUCUUCAUAAUGCAGUCUCUGCAGAUAAUUUAGUCAGACACUCUUCCUGUUGUUUCUUUGCUUGAUCGUUCGGAGCUGAAUAGGUCGUGUAAAUUCCCACUGAAGGCGUUAUACAGAUGGUACAGCUUCUCACGAAAGGAAGUUGUGAUCCAAGCUGUCUGAACCCAGGCCAAGGGGAGCUUUUUGCUGUGUUACUGCAUCUCUCAAUCCCACUUCCUCAUCUCAGUUCGGCUGGACUUGUAUGGUACUUUUGAACAAACACUGCCGGGAUGGACUUCCAGCGAGCAGUUUGGUCUUCUUUAGAAGCCGUGGUGCCUUUUUGUGGAGCACAGAUUGCUGAGCUUGUGAGCUAGUGGGUCUGUUCUGAACCAACCUCACUUGUAGAUGCGAUCGACAUCACUAAGCUUACAGUGCUUGUCCAGAUGCAGAGGGAGCUCUGUGAAGCCUCAACUGUUAUACGCCCCUUAGAAUGGCUUCUGAUUUUGAAAUCCAGCUCAUUUUAUACUUGCAAGAAACCAAUGUCAUUUUAUAAAUGCAAAAAGAAAAAAAAAAACUACUGAGUCCCAGUGCCUCAUGUCAAGCAUAUUAUAAAAUGCAGAUUUGUGUUAACUGACUAUAUUAUGUAGCUGUGGGGUAAUAGCAGAUACAUUGCACUAUCCUUGCCCCUGGUAAGUAACUUCUGUCAAGACAAGCAGUACUGAAGUCAAUGCCAUGACUUCAAAAUCAGCAGCAAUUUCAGCAUCACACUCAUUUAAAAGUGUUUUUUUUUUUUUUUUUUAAAUCCCUUUCGCAUUGCUAGCUAAAUCUUUUAUUCAUCUGUUCAUUUAAUUUGUUUUUGUCUGUAAAAAAAUGUAUUUAAGUUUAUUUAAGUCAUUUGUAUUAUUAUAAAUUAGUUCUAUUUAAUGUUUUUUAUGCUGCUAAUUUCUUAGGUAUUUUGCUACAACCAGUGUUUGAACAUGCAAUAGCUGCUUCUGGACAAUUUAUGUCAAAAACGUCAUACAUAUAAAAAAAAAAAAAAAAAAAAAAAAAACGUUUCUUCCCAUCUGCAUGUCUGUCUCUCCUGUUUGUAUGGCAUCUGGGUUUAGAGAAUAUUGGGAGUUUGUACCAUGAUGUAACUGAAACAGGUGGCAAAAGCUUUUAAAAUCAGGGAAUUUUAGGUAUAAUUCCAAUACAUGUCUUCUAAAACAACUAAAGUUGUAAACUUCUUAAUGAAACAAAGUUUUCUUAGAAUGUAUUUAAAUGUAUUUAAUUGUCAUGCCGUCAUUUUGCUUACUAGAAUUCAUUGAAGUAAAAAAAAAAAAAAAAAAAAAAGUUAUGUCAGUUGAAACAAGGCACAUGCCGCUGUGUUUCCAGUGGACAAAAGUUGCACAAAAACCCCAUACAACAUUCUCAGAAUGCAUAACUCGAUACAAGUCACUGCAACAAUUGAAUUGGUUAUUCUAUAUGUAGUAUUUCUGUACAUAUGUUGUCUAAAGAGCUCAAGAGCCAAAUGUGCUGUACUUUUCUUCUUUCGCUCUGGGCACAGGUUUACCUUCUUAAGGAUGACCAUUAGAGAGGCUGGACUCUAUUGUUCUUUGCUGCUCAGUCACAGAAGGGAAGGACACAACUGUUCAUCCAUAUAGAUCAUAAUGCACAAAAUAAUCCAAUAAAAUCAUGCAAACACACAGCUGGGGGCCCUUUACAAAGUUCAAAUGCAACCUUGUGUUUUGUGUCUUUUCCUGAAUAAAUUAAGAACAUAACUUCUGAAAAUCAAGUUACCGUAUGGCCAGUGCAAUACACUGAAUCCACUGGGGAGUGGUAGGUCUGCCAAUGCGGCAAGAUUUUGUUUUUUAUGGCAGCUCAUGCUCUGGAAGGUUUAUGGGUUCAGGCUGGCUACUCUUCAUCUGACUGUACAGCUGGUACUCAAUGCAUCAGAGAUUGUGAUGAGUUCUAUAUCUCAACAGCAGAGCCACAAAGAAUACAUAUAUCUUUGAACAUGCCCCUGUAUUUAGAGUGAAAAAUCACCAAGAAUCUAUCUGUGCAGAGAGAUUACUGUGCACUGCAAAUACUUAUAAACAAAAAUGUAGAAAUUGAGUAUUCCCAUUCUGGCACACACCAACUUAGUAAAAUGUGCAUUGUACUGCUUGUUUCCUUUUCAUAACAUGUAUAGCAACAGGGUCUGUGAAUGAGGUUGGGUUAUGUUGAAAAUGUGGGACAUGUAGUUUACCAUUAUG